AUGGAGCUCACCACACAUCUGAUAAAUGAUACCAUUAAUUUAUAUAAAUGGGCCCUUACCAUCGCAGACAAACGAGUGGAGAAAUGGCCCCUGAUGGACAACCCCCUCCCAACGCUGGCCAUCAGUUCCUCCUACCUGCUGUUCCUGUGGCUGGGGCCCAAGUACAUGCAGAACAGAGAACCCUUCCAGCUCAAGAAGACACUCAUCCUCUACAACUUCAGCAUGGUCGUCUUCAACUUCUUCAUCUGCAAAGAGCUCUUCCUGGCGGCUCGGGCGGCCGGAUACAGCUACAUCUGCCAGUCUGUUGACUACUCAGACGAUCCCAAUGAAGUCCGGAUAGCAGCAGCCUUGUGGUGGUAUUUCAUCUCUAAAGGAGUAGAGUACCUGGACACGGUGUUCUUCAUCCUGAGGAAGAAGUUUAACCAGGUCAGCUUCCUACACGUCUACCACCACUGUACCAUGUUCACUCUCUGGUGGAUCGGCAUCAAGUGGGUCGCUGGCGGACAGUCCUUCUUUGGUGCACACAUGAACGCAGCCAUCCAUGUCCUGAUGUAUCUGUACUAUGGUCUGGCCUCCUUUGGACCCAAGAUCCAGAAGUACCUGUGGUGGAAGAAGUACCUGACUGUCAUACAGAUGAUCCAGUUCCAUGUCACCAUCGGCCACACUGCCCUGUCCCUCUACAUGGACUGUGAGUUUCCCCACUGGAUGCACUACGCCCUUAUCUGCUACGCCCUCACCUUCAUCGCCCUGUUCGGUAACUUCUACUACCAGACGUAUCGUCGCACGCCACGCCAACCCAGGGAGCCCAAGGCCUCCAAGGCUCUGUCUAACGGGGUCUCCAACGGGCUGUCCAAGGGACUGGGGAAUGGAGCGGUGGUGGUGGUAGGGGGCAAGGUGGAGGAAAAGGAGAGGUCGUCAGGGGUGGACAACGGGAAUGGAAGGAGAAAGAGGAAGGGGAGGGCCAAGAGGGAUUAG